AUGGUCGCCUGUUUCGCCAACUGCGCCGUGGUGCUGCCACUGACGCUGACGGUGCUGCUGCUGGAGAACUGGGUGCUUGGCAGCACCAUGUGCUUCAUGCUGCCGAUCAUGCAGGACACACCUCUGAACCUGGUGACGCUGACGCUACUGCUGAUCACGGCGACGCAGUACCACCGCCUGCGGCAGAGGGAGGUGUGGCCGUCCAGCUCGCUCAUCAGCCUGCUGGCCGUCUGGCUGACCUCGAUCUGCACUGCGCUGCCGUACCUCAUCUACACCGACUACCUGGACAUGGAGGUUUACUUCGGGCCCGCCAUGCAAGGGGUCGGCCUCUGUGUUGUCAACAUUGCACACGACGUGGGACCUUUCACCAAGGUUCUCUUCGUUUGCAUGUACCUUCUACCAAUGCUGCUAAUCGGCAUAUUUCACUUCCUCAUCUCACACCAUCUGAACAAAUUUGGAUCAUCUCGUUUCCACUCAGAUGAAGAUUUGGAGAUGGAAAGCCUUGACCUGCAACGUCAGGUGGUGGCCCACAAGUACUUGCUGUGCGUGACGCUGCUGUACGCCGUCUGUCUCUUCCCCCUCAUGGUGCUCAGGGUAGCGAAGCAGGCAAUCUACGAGACGUACAGCAAUACGCAUUACUUCGACAUCAUUUACGUCGUGUUCGUGUGGUCCUGCUUCCUACCGAGUUUUACCACGCCUGCUCUGUACCUGAUCUGGAACAGGCAGAGGGUCAGCAUCUUACAAGAUCACAACGGUGUGCUGCAGCAGGAGGCCACUGACGCCCCGGGGGCGGACCGCUCCCAGUCCGGUCUGCUGAAGAGCGCAGACCAGUGUCCGGACGCCAAGCAGUACUGACCGGCGGCAGGACUCCAGUGAACGCAGACCGGUGUCCGGACGCCAAGCAGCAUUGACCGGCGGCAGGACUCCAAUGAGUGCCCGCCGAUGACGGGACUACAGACGGAACAUUGACCAGUGACGAGACUCCACACAGGAAACUGACCAGUGACGAUACUCCGCAGGGAACAUUGACCAGUGGCGGGACUACAGUGAACGCAGACCAAUAACGAGACUCCAGACGGAACACUGACCAGUGACGGGACACCUCACUGAACACUGGUCAGUGACGGGACUCCUCACGGAGCACUGACCAGUGACGGGACACCUCCCCGAACACUGGUCAGUGACGGGACUCCUCACGGAACACUGGUCAGUGACGGGACUCCUCACGGAACACUGGUCAGUGACGGGACUCCUCACGGAACACUGA